AAUUUGACUCAAAUCACUUAAACAAACAAAUAAAUCAAAAUGAAUUUCCAUAAAGUCUUCAUCUUUGUUGCCUUGAUCUUGGCUGUGUUUGCUGGACAAAGUCAGGCUGGUUGGUUGAAAAAAAUUGGCAAGAAAAUUGAACGUGUUGGUCAGCAUACCCGUGAUGCCACGAUACAGGGACUUGCUGUAGCCCAACAGGCAGCUAAUGUGGCUGCCACAGCCAGAGGAUAAUUUUACUAUUAGACAUUCAGUUAUUAUUAAGACUAAUAUUUUGAGGAA